UGACGUAAUGGCCAAUGCGCCACGCAGACUGGAAACUGAAGACCAACGUGACUGAAGCACUCUGAGCAAUUCCAUCUGCCAAAAUGGUCAAAUCCGGAAAACUUCGAUCCGGAGCUGCUCAGAAAUUAAAGCGCUGGAAGAAAGGACACAGUAGUGACUCAAAUCCAGAGACGAGCCGUUAUCGAAAGGCUGCGAGGAGCCGGUUUUUUAGCCGUCCCACAGAGAAGAGUGAUCUGACAGUAGAUGCCCUGAAACUUCAUAAUGAGCUUCAAACUGGGUCUCUGGAGAGAAGCAGUAAUGUUGCAGGAGAUGCCAUGGAGGAGCAGGCGUUCACAGAGAAAACAUCAGGGACUUUUCUCAGUGGACUGUCGGACUGCUCCAACCUUACUUUCAGGAAAGUACAGCGCUACUGGGAGUCAAACUCUGCGGCACAUAAGGAGAUCUGUGCUGUAUUGGCAGCCGUCACAGAAGUGAUUCGCUCUCAGGGAGGAAAGGAAACGGAGACGGAAUACUUUGCAGCCCUGAUGACGACUCUUGAGGCUGUAGACAGCGGCGAAUCACUGGCAGCUGUUGCCUAUCUCCUCAAUCUAGUCAUGAAGAGGGUUCCUGCUGCAGUGCUUAAGAAUAAGUUCUCAGAUACAGCCAAGGCCUUCAUGGAUGUGAUGUCAAACCAAACCAGUUCUGACUCUGUGUCCUAUCUGCGAUGGAUAUUAUCCUGUCUGGCUACCUUGCUGCGGAAACAGGAUCUCUCAGUGUGGAGUUACCCAUCCACUCUACAGGUCUACCACGGCCUCCUCAGUUUUACAGUGCACUCCAAACCAAAGGUACGAAAAGCAGCACAGCAGGGUGUUUGCUCCAUCCUUCGUGGCAGUGACUUCAUGUUCUCAGAUAACGCCCCGAGCCACCACCCAGCAGCAGUCACCACAGCCAAAUUCUGCUGCAAAGAAAUGGAGCAAUCAGGAGGCAACAAGGAAGACACUACCACUCUCCACAUACUAGGUCUACUGAAGGACCUUCUAUCUGCGUUUCCCCUCAGCUCUGUCAAGUCUUGCUGUGAGACCCUCCUGCGUGUGAUGACCCUGAGCCAUGUGCUGGUGACCGCAGGUGCAAUGCAGGCUUUCCACCAACUCUUCAGUGGCAAACCCAGUCCUUCCGGUAUAUCCGCAGAGCUCAAUGCCCAGAUCAUCACAGCUUUGUAUGACUAUGUUCCUAGUGAAAAUGAUCUACAGCCUUUAUUAGCAUGGUUGGCUGUCAUGGAAAAAGCCCACAUACAUCUGUCCAGUUUACAGAGCUCUCUGAGUCUUGGUCAUCUUCCUCGCCUCUUCUCCAUCACCAUGUCGUGUCUCCUGUCCCCGCACACACAAGUCGUCUCUGCUGCAACCCAGACGCUGAAGACUCUGAUAAAUGAGUGUGUGGCUGCUCAUAUGGCUGAGAUCAGGCCUGUUCUACCAAACACAUCCACUGGAAAUGGGGCCUACAUCCUUAAGAUGUUUCAUACUGUGGAGGAUGGAUUGUCUUAUCGGUUUCAUGCCUCUUGGCCGUUUGUGCUACAAAUCCUGGGCUGCUUCUACCGAGCUGCAGGAAAACAGGCUCAUGCUAUUAUGACCAAGAGUCUGCAGUCUCUCUGUGACCUGCGGACCACCCCUCGGUUCCCCUUCUCAGGGGAGCUGGAUCUGGCUGUGGGCGGUGCAGUGGAGAGCAUGGGCCCAGAGGUGGUCCUGAACGCUGUCCCGCUCCUCAUCACUGGAACAGACGAUGACCUCGAGUUCCCUCGCAGCUGGCUGAUCCCAGUCAUUAGAGAUCAUGUAAAAAAUACUCAGCUGGCUUAUUUCACCUCAUACUUUUUCCCCUUGGCAACCAAACUUAAACAGACAGCUGAAGAACUGGAGCAAUCGGGGCAAAAACUUAUGGCGAAAGUGUAUCAGACACUACAGCUGCAGAUUUGGACCAUGUUACCUGGUUUCUGCACUAAACCAACAGAUCUAGUGGCAUCUUUUAAGGGCAUUGCCCGGUCUUUGGGUAUGGCUCUCAGCGAACGUCCUGAUCUCCGCCUCUGCAUCUGUCAGGCCCUACGCACUCUCAUCAACAAGAGCUGUGAAACAGAGGAAGAGAAGGCUGAAGUGAAUCGAUUUUCCAAAAACUUCCUUCCCAUCCUGUUUAACAUUUACAGCCAGCAGCCUACACCUGGAGAGGUGGCCUGUGCUAGGAUGGCUGUCCUGGACACAAUCAGAGUUUACUUGACCGUCACAGAUCAGAAGAUGGUGUGCACAUUCCUGCAGAAAGCAUCUGAAAGGCUCAGCAGUGCGGACAGCUCUGAGUUCACAAGGCUUGCAGUUAUGGACCUGAUAGUUGCAAUGGCUCCAUUUGUGGAUGAAGCAUCUAUGACCCAAACCUUUGAACUGAUUAAACCUUUUCUGGAGAGCAAGGACUCUGGCAUCCAGAAGAAGGCCUACAGAGUGUUGGAGGAGAUGUGUGGAGGAGAGAGAGAACCAUGUAAGACUUUUGUUCUGGGUAAUAUUAUGCAGCUGAAGGGAACUCUGCUGGACAGUCUGAAGACUGCGGCUUCACCUGCCAAACGGCCCAGACUGAAGUGUCUGAUGCACAUAGUGAAGCAGUUAAAUGAAGAACACCAGGAUUUUAUUACGGCUCUGCUUCCUGAGGUCAUCGUUUGCACAAAGGAAAUGUCCAUUGGAGCCCGCAAAAAUGCCUACUUGCUCCUGGUUGAGAUCGGCAAUGCUUUUGUACGGUUUUGUGGGAACCAGAAAGAUGCUAUAUGUGAGUAUUUGAGCCACGUGUACAUCGGACUUACUGGUUCUGUGACCAUGAUUACUUGCACAGUGCUGGCCUUAACAAGACUAGUGUUUCAUUACAAAGAUUCCAUAGAUGUGUCCUCACUGGAGCAGCUCUUGCAUAAUGUCUGCCUGCUGCUCACCAGCAGAACACGAGAUAUCGUCAAAGCUUCUCUGGGCUUCAUGAAAGUCCUUCUCUUUGCUCUGGAUGUGAAGGUUUUAGCCAGCCAUGUGACUGUCAUUAUGGAAGGCAUCAGUAAUAUGAAAGAUGACAUGCGGAGACAUUUAAGGAUGAAACUUAAGAGUAUAUACACCAAAUUAAUUAGGACAUUUGGGUUUGAGCUGGUGAAAAGCAUGCUGCCUGCAGAGCACUACAAGGUCCUGGUGAACAUCCGUAAAGUGGAGGCCAGAAGUAAGAGACGCAAGCUCCUGAGUAAAACAGAUGAGGACAGAGGAUCAGACACUGAGGAUGAGAAGUCUAAUGUGAAAGGAGAGAGUAUUGAGGACAUUCUGGCUGAAACGGACUCUGAUGACACUGAUGAAGAUGAGAAGCCCAAGAAGGGUCAGAAGAAGCCAGUAAAAAAGAAAGGUCUGGCCUGGUUGAAGGAGGGUGUGUCUGAUGAUCCUCUCAACUUCCUUGAUCCAAAAGCAGCACAACGAGUUCUAGCCACCAAUCCUGACUUGAAGAAGGCAUCCAAAGUUGAGCAUGGGUUCAAGGUGACGUCAGACGGACGAUUGAUCAUCAAAGAAGAUGAUGAUGAGGAGGUUGAAAAAACUAAAGACACAGAAAUGGAUGAUAUACUCGAAGAAGCUGGAAUCAAAACAAAGAAGAAUCCGAAAAGGAAAAUGCGUGAUGAUCUGGAUGAUGACAUGGAUGUUGAGCCCUUAAUGAAAUAUAAAGCUGGUGGCAUUGGCAUCCACAGGCCUCUGGGUGGAGGGGGAGAAUUUGGUUCGGAGUAUAAAGCCAAGAAAGGAAAAGGUGACGUGAAGAAGAAAGGCAAGUGCGACCCAUAUGCUUACAUUCCUCUGAAGAAAGCCCAGCUCAACCGCAGGAAAAAGGCUAAACUGCAGGGUCAGUUCAAAGGCAUGGUCAGAGGAGCCAAGAAAGGAGCGCUAUCAGGCAAGAGAAUGCUGCAGAAGAAAAGGAAAGCUUAAGACACGUUUGUACGCUUGAAGAAAAUUGACAUUAUCAGCUACAGGAAAUUAUGUUCUUGUUAUAUUCUUCUUAGAUCUGCUCUCGUUUCCUAUGGCAUGAUGGAAUUAAACCUAAACACAAUAUUUUUAUUAUCCUGUACUAAUGCUUGAUAAGAACUUCCUAUGGAAGAGUCUCUGCAAAAAGAUUUUUUCAAGUGUUCCUUUUCAAUGUUUGCUGUGGUUGGAUUUUAAGAAAAUGGCAGUAUGACAAUAGUUUUGUGCAAAAUGUAUUUGUGCUUGCAUUGUUGGACAGAAAAUAAACAGAUUUGUGAUGUG